ACUUUGUCAUCACUCUUGGAGCAUCUCAGUUCGAAAUCAACCAACAUUAAUCAAAAUGUUCAAAUACACCGUUGUCAUCAUUGCUGUCAUCGCUUGCGCAGUUGCUAAGCCAGCACCAGGACUUCUUCAUGCACCACUUGCAUACUCUGCUCCAUUGGUUGCUGCCGCUCCAGGAGUUGUAACUGCCACCAGUAGCCAAGUGAUCGCAAGGAACUAUAAUGGAAUUGCAACUGCACCCGUUUACGCUGCUGCUCCAGUUGCCAAAUAUGUUGCAGCUCCAGUUGCUGCUCCUCUAGCUGCCGCACCAUUGGCCGCUAACUACGUAGCUUCUCCAUAUGCUCCCCAAUUGGCAUACUCAGCACCUUUGGCUGCAGCUCCUUUGGGAUAUGCUGCUUCAUACGGAUAUGCUUCUCCUUAUAGCUACGCUUCAGCACCUCUUCUGUUCUAA